CGCCUCCCCCAUGCUGCUUGGAGCGUCCUGGCUGUUGGCGUCCAAGGCGGCGGCCACUACAGCUCGGAGAGAGGGCGACGACAGGCAGGGUGAGCAGCAGCAGGAGGCCCAAGCGAGGACUGACGAGGAUAUGGACGAGUCAUCGCUGCUGGACUUGCUAGAAUGCUCCGUGUGCCUGGAGCGCCUGGACACCACGGCCAAGGUGUUACCAUGCCAGCACACCUUCUGCCGCCGCUGUCUGGAGAGCAUCGUGUGCUCGCGCCACGAGCUACGCUGUCCUGAGUGCCGCAUCCUGGUGGGCUGCGGUGUGGACGAGCUGCCCGCCAACAUACUGCUGGUGCGCCUGCUGGAUGGCAUCCGCCAGAGGCCCCGCACGGGCGCCAGCCCGGGGAGCAGCCCUCCUGCGCGCCCGGGCCCCAGUACCUUCCCAGCGCUGGCUGGCAUCCCUGGAGGCGCGACUGGCAGUCCUCCGCGUUCUCCGGUCUUUCUUCCAGCGGCGGCAGGCAGCUCUACCUCCAGUUUGUGCGACGUGGCGACUAACAGGAGCGUGCCAGUGCCUAAGAAUCUAUCCCAGCUUCCCUAUGGCAAGGCCCUCUACAGCUAUGAGGGAAAAGAACCUGGUGACCUCAAGUUCAACAAAGGGGACAUCAUCAUCCUGCGGCGCAAGGUGGAUGAGAACUGGUACCAUGGGGAGCUGCAGGGCACUCAUGGCUUCCUCCCGGCCAGCUACAUCCAGUGUGUCAGGCCCUUGCCACAGGCUCUGCCCCAAGGCAAAGCACUUUAUGAUUUUGAGAUGAAGGACAGAGACCAAGACAAAGACUGUCUGACCUUCACUAAGGAUGAAGUUUUAACUGUGAUCCGGAGAGUGGACGAUAAUUGGGCAGAAGGCAUGCUGGGAGACAAAGUCGGCAUUUUCCCACUCCUGUACGUGGAGCUCAACGACUCUGCAAAACAACUCAUUGAGAUGGACAAGAUGUGCCCUGCCGCUGCCACCGCAUGCAACUACGAUGCCCUCUUAUCCUCCGACCCCAGCACAGUAGCCAGUGUGGCCUCAGGCCCCACCCUAAGUAGCUCAGGGGCAGUCAGUGCCUUUCAACGACGUGUGGACAGCAAGAAGAACGCCAAGAAGCGCCAUUCCUUCACUGCGCUCAGUGUGACGCACAAAUCCUCCCAGGCUGCCAGCCACAGGCACUCCAUGGAAAUUAGUGCCCCGGUGCUGAUCAGCUCCAGUGACCCUCGUGCUGCGGCCAGGAUCGGGGAGCUUGCCCAUCUGUCCUGCACCGUACCCACCCAGGACUCCUCUUCAACUGGACCUAUCCCCACAGCCAUCCCACGAGGUGCCACGGUGGCUGGAGAACAGGGCAUGUCUCCCAAAGUCCAGCUGCCCCUCAACGUGUACCUGGCUCUCUAUGCUUACAAGCCCCAGAAGAAUGAUGAGCUGGAGUUGCGCAAGGGUGAGAUGUACCGUGUGCUGGAGAAGUGUCAGGAUGGCUGGUUCAAGGGAGCUUCACUAAAAACCGGGGUCUCGGGGGUGUUCCCCGGCAACUACGUGACACCUGUCUCCAGGGUUCCUGGAGGAGGGGCUGGGUCACCCUGGAAUAAUGUGCUCGGAGGGUCUCCACUGGCCAAGGGGAUGGCCACCAUUAUGCACCCUGGAGGUGGCAGUCUGAGCAGCCCAGCCACAGCCACCAGGCCUGUUCUGCCUCUCACCACACUGCAGGACCAUAUGCAGCACCCAGCCACCUCCCUACCAACAGGUAGCUGCCUUCGGCACUCCGCUCAACCAACAGCCAGCCAAGCCGGGAGCACCCCCAUCCCAACAGCUACCCAUCCCUCAGCCCAGGCCCUGGACCGACCGACGGCCACGGUGUCGCCCCUGCGCACUCAGACUUCUCCAUCCCGCCUGCCCACCACCAGCCUCCGGUCCCGCUCUGUGGUGUCCCCACAGCACAGCCAGCAGCCCCCGACGCAGAUAUGUCCCCGGCCAGCCGUUCCCUUCACGUCGGCAGCGUCGGCCAUCACGCCUCCCAACGUCAGUGCUGCCAACCUCAGCGGGGAGUCUGGAGGGCCGCCCAUCAGUGGUCUGUCCAUACCCAGCCCCAUCAACACAGGGUACAAGCCAGACGACAAGAAAAAUGAAAAGAAGGAGAAGAAGAGCGGGCUAUUGAAGCUGCUGGCUGGGGCAUCUACCAAGAAGAAGUCCCGCUCCCCACCAUCUGUAUCUCCAACCCACGACCCCCAGGCAGCCAUGGAUACCUCACUGCAGGGUGCCAUGGGCCCUGAAGUGUCCCCAGUGACCGUCCAUGGCAGGGCAGGUUCCUGCCCCAUAGAGAGUGAGAUGCAGGGGGCCAUUGGCUUGGAGCCACUGCACAGAAAAGCCGGCUCCUUGGAUCUGAAUUUCUCUUUGUCUCCUUCUCGGCAAUCAGCUCUGUCCAUGGCUUCCCUCCGCCCCGAACCUAAGCCACUGCCCCGAGAGAGGUACCGUGUGGUGGUCUCCUACCCACCCCAGAGUGAAGCAGAGAUUGAACUAAAGGAAGGCGAUAUUGUCUUCGUGCACAAGAAGCAUGAGGAUGGCUGGUUCAAGGGGACUCUGCAGCGGAAUGGCCGCACGGGCCUCUUCCCAGGCAGCUUUGUGGAGAGCUUCUGAAAGCCGUCGCUCAUGUCCAGCCCUGCCAUCCAGGAGAGGGACCCAAGAAAACACUAUGUGAGCAGAGGAAGCCUCAUCACCUAGGUCCCUGGGCCUUUCUAAAACACCUGCCAGGAACAACUGGACUGGGGUGAUGACUCGGUUGUGAAGGCCAUGCUCUCGCGUGAGGUCCUAACUGAAAGCACACAGGGAUGUCGUCUUGGUUGUGAAGGCCAUACCCUCAUAUGAAGUCCUUAUUGAAAGCACACAUGCGUGUCCUUCAAGACCAUGCCUGAAUUUCAGUGAGCAGUACAAUGGAAAACGUUGCCCAUGUGGACCAAUGCACUCUAUGCCAGCCAGCGGCUAACGCAGUAAUCGCUGUCUGUGCAAGGCUGGGAGCGUGGGAGGGUCCAAGGUGGGGCCAUGUGCGAGGGCUGACAGCAAUGGCGAGUAACUUCCCUGGCUCCCCUGGGUAUCAUUCCUCUAUAUACCUCUGUCACCUGCCAUCAAGCCUCACAUCCAGGGCAUUCAUGGUUCAGGAGCCUCAUGUAAGGGCUCCGAGUCUCCCAAGGUGCCCAGUGGGGUCCUGUCGGGCACCGCAGAGUUCUUACAGCUUUGUCUCCUACCGGGAUAAGAAGGAACACCUUUUGGUUUCACUACCACUGUCUGCAUUACCCCUUCUUAUGGCACCUUUUUAAUGUACAACUCCUAGACUUUCUAUAUUUCUAAUAGGUCAGACGCUGCGUAUUUUUCAUACAUCUGGUGCUGAUUUUUUGUAAAACUAGAAAUCCCUUGGGUAAGCUUCAAGGAAAAGCAUGAGUAACAUCAAAGGAAAGUUUUAUAUAUUUCCCAUCUGAAGUUUGGAGCACAUUGAGGAAUUCCUCUCUGUAAUAUCAAAACAUUGGCUGGUGCUCAGUGAGGUGACAGAGUCUGCCGAGAUGGUCAUGUGGAGUUGGAGAGUGUCUUUCCCGGCUGUUGGAACUAGCCUAAACCACAUGCUCCAUCUAGAUAGGAGUGAUUUUUUUUAAAAUUGGAAACAUUUUUGAGGAAUUUAUACUGCCUUUUUGUGUGGCAAGAAAACACACACACACACACACACACACACACACACACACACACACACACGCACACGCACACGCACACACUGACCCCUAAAACUUCCUUUGACUGCUUUAGAGAGAAUGACUAAAAAUAGCAUUCUUAAAGCAUGUCUUGCUGCCAAAAUGCAGCUUUUACAACAGCUCAGAUCGCUACCUUGCAAAGGUUUUUUUUUUCUCCAUUUCAAAAACAAGUCACUUCCCCUAUCAGGCCAGGCAAAAUUCCAUCUGCUAGAGACCAAAGGUACAGUGCUAAGAGGAAUCUGAUGCAUGACUACAGGCUUACAGGGCCGGGAGCCACUGGAAAAAGCAGCAGGAUGGUUCCUUUGGCCCUCAGGCCUUCCUGUAAAGUUCACUGAAGCAACAGCUUGCUUCCCAAGAGGUUGGCUAUCAAGAGGAGUGAGUGUCACACUUUAGAAACAUAUUUUUUUUUCAUCUCAAAAUAGCAAUUUGUGAGCCUCUGUACAUUUUUACAAAAUCACCCAGACCUGUGUCAAGCCUUUGGUAGCAGAGGCUAUCACUAGUUUUCGUAAGAAAAUAAGGACCACUUCUCAAUGUUCCUAUUUGAGGAUAUGACUUAACUAGUUGUGGCUGCCAGGUGACUGCCAUGUGGAAGCAGUGAUGCCUAGGGAAAGUCUCUUCCUCCAUGAUAAUAGACUAACUAAACAGAAGAAAACUGUUCUGAGCCAAAGAGAAACUCUAGCUUAGGCACAGAGAUCCCUGUAUGCAGGGUGAGUGACAUCCACAAGCAAUCUAGUCACUGUCACUGCUGAAUUACUUGCCCAUCCAUGCACAAAAGAUCUGUGUAUGGUUAAAUCCAUGAUAUCACCAAGGAGGUACACAAAUCUACAUCCUGGGGGAGAUGUAUUUUCAGUGGAACCAGAACUCACUCCAGUUUCCAGACAAUAAAAGUCCCUUUUUCUCUCCUCAACAAGAUUGACUUGAAGUCAACAGAAUAAGACAACUUUGACCUGUCCUCUUUUCUCCUGAGGGCUGCUUCAUGAGGUCAGGUGGUAGCAGCUUGAUAGAGAGCUAAGGAAAGUAUCAAGUUGUCUUUGGAAAACAUCAGUUGGACCCUCUCCUAACCACCAAGUCAUGGGUUUAUGCAGGACCUACCUUGGGGAGCGAAACAGGGCCCUAGGGCUCAUUCCCAGAUGGGGCUUUUUAAAAUACACAAUGAGCCCCAUGGUCUGAGUAUUUUGAAUACUCUCGAGCCCUUUAACUUUCAAAAUCAUGUGUUCCACAGUCAAGAACAGAAAAGAGGUACCUUUCCUAAGGUCAUCUUCCCUUGAGGACACAUGUCUUGGCUACCAAAAUGAAGCCAGCGCCUCAUCUAGAAUCUUCACAUUCCAUCCUGGCCAGCAGCAUGUACUUCUUACUCACACAGUAAGUAGUAUUUGGUGGCCAGGUGAUUUUCCUUGAAUAGUUCCCAGCCCUUCAGAUUGAGGGUCACCAAGGAGACAGGACAGUCUAGCCCCAAGAGGACUGACGGAAGGAACAAGAGAGAUGGACAAGAUGGUCUGUAGUGGGGUGUGAAUACAAGGCUGGGCACUGUAAAACCAUUCCAGUAGACUCAGAAGCCCUUGUACUUUGUACAAAGCACACACAAACACACACGUGCAAGCACGUGUCCCCAACCCCACAUGUUUCUAUUAUACACCAAUGUCAGUAUGUAAUUUUGGAUGAAUUGACAGUAGUGGCAAACUAUGAUGCCUGUGUUUCUGAGUCUUUCAAUAAAAAUGACCAUGGA